AUGUCUGAUGGCGCACAAACGAAGAAGCAAACGAGUCUAGGCUUCCAUCUCGCCGCCGGUCUCGGCUCCGGCGUCGCCAGCGCAUUCCUCCUCCAACCCGCGGACCUUCUCAAGACACGAGUCCAACAGACCGGCGCCAAAUCACUCCGAGCUGCCCUACGAGAUGUCCUCAAAGGCCCCAAUCCCGUGCAGCAGCUCUGGCGCGGCACUACCCCAUCCGUGAUCAGGACCGGCUUCGGAUCAGCACUGUACUUCGGUCUGUUGAAUCAGAUGCGACAAUAUGCAGCGCAGCUUCCCGUCGUCGUUCCUCUACCGGGAGCUCUAACGACACCCGCAUCGACAUCCUCCUCGUCCUCCUCUUCGGCGCUCCCCAAGCUAGGCCAUGUCGCCAACCUCACCACCGGCGCCCUCGCUCGCGUCGCAGCAGGUUUCGUCAUGAACCCCGUCACGGUACUCAAAGUCCGCUACGAAUCCAGCUUCUACCACUACACCUCUCUCGCCAGCGCAGCCCGAGCCAUCCUCGCACAAGAAGGACCACGCGGUUUCUUCGCCGGCUUCGGCGCCACAGCAGUGCGAGAUGCGCCAUAUGCGGGACUAUACGUCGUAAUCUACGAGCGAUCAAAGGUAUUCCUCUCCAGCAGUCGAUUCGCCGGUAUCGUCGGCGAGGACGUAGUAGGCACAGGCCGAUCAAUGGGCAGUUCGGCUUCGAUCAAUUUCGUAUCCGGAGUCGCGGCUGCGACGGCGGCGACGACGUUGACGAAUCCUUUUGAUGCGAUCAAGACGAGGCUGCAGAUUGCUCCGGGGAAGUAUAAGAAUAUGGUGCAGGCGGCGAGGACGAUGGUCAAGGAGGAAGGAGUGAGGUGUUUGUUUAGUGGGUUGAGUUUGAGGAUUGGGAGGAAGGCGAUUAGUAGUGCGUUGACUUGGACGGUUUAUGAGGAGAUUAUUAGGAGGGCGGAAAAGGUUAUUGUCGAUGUGGAGGAGUGA